UGCACAAUGAAUAGGGGCUCUGCCGGCGCUUGGUGCAAUGUCAUUAUCCAGUAACUGAAAUUUAAGGAUCGAAAACCACUAUUGUACAUCGUUUGCAUACGAGGGUAGCAAUCCGGAGCUAUAUUCAGAUGUUUUAUUAAGGCAAAUUCGAAUGCUAUGCAGCGAUAAUGUAAAAAAGGGAUUUUCUUUUCAACGCCGACUGGGAAAGACAGCCCAUGAAGUUCAAUAGACAGACGGAACAUCCUUAAGGUUCUGUAAGAUUGGCUGCCUUGCACACUGUUCACAGGAUGUCUGUGGGGCGGCAGUUCGGCCUACUGCUAUGGAAGAACUACAUUCAGCAGAAGCGGCAGAUCCUGGUCACCCUGGUGGAGAUCGCCCUGCCCCUGCUCUUCUCCGCCAUCCUCAUCGUGCUGCGUCAGAAGGUCCCCUUCACCAACUACCCCAACGUCACCAACUACAACAGCUUCCUGGUGGAGGAGCUGCCCCCAUCCCUGAUCCUGUACCCACCCAGCGGAGGCUUCCAGCUGGCCUACGUCCCCAGCAACGCCAGCGUGGUGCGACAGGUUGCCGAGGACAUGCAGAGGAGCCUGGGCCCCUCGGUCAUCGUUUCGGUUCGUGGAUUUGAGUCUGAGCAGAAGUUUGAGGACUUUGUGCGCACGGACCCGCAGUCCGACAACAUCCUGGCAGCCGUGGUCUUCGAGCAUGCCUUCACCCGGGAUGACGAGGCGCUUCCUCUGCAGGUGAAGUACCACUUGCGGUUCAAGUCCAGCCCACGCAACGCGCCUGCGUCUGAGAAGGUGGAGUUUAACCCCAAUAACGACCUGGACUGGCACACGCUCAGUUUGUUCCCCCUGUUCCAACUGCCCGGGCCUCGAGAGCAGCACAGCGGUCCUGGGGGGACCCCAGGGUACUUUCGGGAGGGGUUCCUGGCGGUUCAGCACGCCGUGGACCGCGCCAUCAUGAGGGCGUUUAACCCCACGGCCGCGGCGGCCCUGCUGGGCCGGACCCGCGUGGUGCUGUCCCGCUUCCCCUACCCCCCCUUCAUCUACGACGUCUUCAUCCUGGCCAUCCAGAACCAGCUGCCCCUGCUGCUGGUGCUCAGCUUCACCUACACCGCCCUCAACAUCGCCCGCGCCGUGGUGCAGGAGAAGGAGCGCAAGCUCAAGGAGUACAUGCGCAUGAUGGGCCUCAGUAAUUGGCUGCACUGGAGUGCCUGGUUCCUCAUGUUCUUCCUCUUCCUCUCCAUCUCCAUCUUCUUCGUGACUCUGCUCAUCUGCAUCAAGGUGAGCCCAAACGGAGCGGUGUUGACCUACAGUGACCCCACCCUGGUGUUUUUCUUCCUGCUUUGUUUCGCUGUGUCCACCAUCAACUUCAGCUUCAUGAUCAGUGCUUUCUUCUCCCGAGCCAACGUGGCGGCAGCGGUGGGUGGCUUCAUCUACUUCCUGAGCUACAUCCCCUACGUCUUCCUCUGGCCGCACUACGACCUGCUGUCCCACGCGCAGAAGGUGUCCGCCUGCCUCAUCUCCAACGUCGCCAUGGCCAUGGGCGCCCAGCUGGUGGGCAUGUUCGAGGGCAAAGGUACUGGGAUCCAAUGGCAUAACCUGUUUGAGCCGGUGACGGUGGAUGAUGACUUCUCGUUGGCCCAGGUGAUGGGCAUGCUGCUGCUGGACUCUGUUCUGUACGGUCUGGUGGCGUGGUACAUGGAGAUGGUUUUCCCCGGCGAAUACGGCGUCCCGCUGCCCUGGUACUUCUUCCUGCUGCCGUCCUACUGGUGCGGGACCCCCCGUGUGGCCCUGCUGAAGGAGAAGGAGGAGGAGGAGGAUGCAGAGAAGGCGCUGAAGGGGGAGUUCAUCGAGGAAGAGCCGGCAGGCCUGGUGUCGGGGGUCAAGAUCAAACACCUGGCCAAGAUGUUCAAAGUGGGCAACAAGACGCGGGUGGCGGUGAGAGACCUGACCAUGAACAUGUUCGAGGGACAGAUCACGGUCCUGCUGGGGCACAAUGGAGCCGGCAAGACCACCACCCUGUCCAUGCUGACCGGCCUGUUCCCGCCCAGCAGCGGCCGCGCCUACAUCAACGGCUACGACAUCUCACAGGACAUGGCGCAUGUCCGCCGCAGCCUGGGCCUGUGUCCGCAGCACGACGUCCUCUUCGACAACCUGACCGUCAGGGAGCACCUGCUGUUCUACGCACAGCUGAAGGGGUACCCCCGGGAGAAGAUUCCGGAGGAGGUGGACCGCAUCAUCCGCAUGCUGAACCUGGAGAACAAGCGCUUCGCCCGCUCCAAGACGCUGUCGGGCGGCAUGAAGCGCAAGCUGUCCAUCGGCAUCGCCCUCAUCGGCGACUCCAAGGUGGUGAUGCUGGACGAGCCCACCUCGGGCAUGGACCCCUCUGCGCGCCGGGCCACCUGGGACCUGCUGCAGGGGGAGAGGCACGGCCGCACCAUCCUGCUCACCACUCACUUCAUGGACGAGGCCGACCUGCUGGGAGACCGCAUCGCCAUCAUGGCCGGGGGGGAGCUGCAGUGCUGCGGGUCCCCUCUCUUCCUGAAGAGGAAAUACGGUGCUGGCUACCACAUGGUGAUAGUGAAGGACGUGUUGUGUAACGUGGCAGAGAUCACGCGGCUGGUGCACAUGUAUGUGCCCAACGCCACGCUGGAGAGCAGUGCUGGGGCAGAGCUGUCCUUCAUCCUGCCCAAGGAGAGCACCAGCCGGUUUGAGCUGCUGUUCGCAGAGCUGGAGAUGAAUAGGGAUGAGCUGGGAAUAGCCAGCUAUGGAGCCUCCAUCACCACCAUGGAAGAAGUGUUUCUCAGGGUGGGGAAGCUGGUGGACUCCAGUCUGGACCUCCAGGCCAUCCAGCUGCCGGCGCUGCAGUACCAGCACGAGCGCCGGUCACAUGACUGGAGCGUGGACGACGCCAGCAGCAUCAGCGGGAUGACGGACGUGACGGACUUCACCGACAGCGGCACGCUCAUCUCCGAGGACUGCUCCAACAUCAAGCUCAACACGGGGGCCAGGCUGUACAUGCAGCAGUUCUACGCCAUGUUCCUGAAGAGGGCGCUGUACAGCUGGCGGAACUGGAAGGUGAUGGUGGCGCAGUUCCUGGUUCCGCUCAUCUUCACCGUCCUGGCCCUGGUGGUGGCUCAGAUCCUUCCCGGGCACCGCGACCUGCCCCAGCUGCCCCUGGCGCUGAGCCGCUACGGCCCCACCACCGUCCCCGUGGCCCUGGAGCCCGGGGCGGGGCCCCUGGCGGCCGCCUUCGCCGCCAGCUACGCCUCCCAGCUCCCCGCUCAGAAGGCCACGUGCAGGAACAUCAGCGACCUCCCUCAGUACGUUCUCCGCGCGUCUCAGGAAGAGGGCGGAGCCUUCAACGAGCACUGCGUGGUGGGCGUGGCCUUCAGGGGUCACCGCUCGGGCUCAUUCGCCGAGGCCACCGCCUACUUCAACAACCAGGGCUACCACACCCCGGCAACCGCCCUGCUGCUGCUCGACAACGCCCUCUACCGGAUGCUGGCGGGACCGCACGCCUCCAUCCAGGCGGGGAACGCCCCCAUGCCCCGCAACGCGUCGGAGACCGCCCACAGCGAACUCACCGAGAGUCAGACAGGCUUUGCCAUCGCCAUAAACCUGAUGUAUGGCAUGGCGUCGCUCUCCAGCACCUUCGCCCUGCUGCUGGUGUCAGAGCGCUCCCUCAAGUCCAAGCACGUGCAGCAGGUCAGCGGGGUCUACCUCUCCAACUUCUGGUUCUCCGCUCUCCUCUGGGACCUGGUCAACUUCCUGCUGCCCUGCGUGCUCAUGCUGGUGGUGUUCAGGGCCUUCGGGGUGCGGGCCUUCACGGAGGACGGUCACCUGGCGGACGUGCUGCUGUUCCUGCUGCUGUACGGCUGGGCGGUGGUGCCGCUCAUGUACCUGCUGAGCUUCCUGUUCUCCAGCGCCGCCACGGCCUACACCCGCCUCACCGUCUUCAACAUCAUCAGCGGAACCGCCACCUUCCUCACCGUCACCAUCAUGACCAUCCCCGAGUUAAACCUGCAGCAUCUGGCCUACUUGCUGGACAAGGUCUUCCUGCUCUUUCCGAACUACUGCCUGGGCAUGUCCUUCAGCCAGUUCUACCAGAACUACGAGAUCAUCUCCGUCUGCACCUCCAGUCCCAUGGCGCGCGCCUUCUGUGCAUUACUGAACGUCACCUUCCAGGAGGACUACUUCGCCCUGGCCGAGCCCGGCGUGGGACGCCUCAUGGCGGCCAUGUGGCUGCAGGGCCUGGUCUUCAUCACGCUGCUCUUCGUCAUCGAGAUGCAGAGCUUACACACCCUGCGCCGGCACAUCAGCGCCCUCUUCAGGAGGAGGAAGACGGUGCUGCUGGUGGGAGACUCGGCCUUGCUGCCGGAGGACAGGGACGUGGCGGAGGAGAGGAAGAGGGUGCUGGAGUGCCACCCCAUGGUGGAGUCCAUGGUGGGGAGUCCCCUCAUCGUGCAGGAGCUCAGCAAGGUGUACUGCAGUGGACAGGCCCUGCUGGCAGUGGACAGGCUCUCUCUGGCCGUGGGGAAGGGGGAGUGCUUCGGCCUGCUGGGCUUCAACGGAGCCGGGAAGACCACCACCUUCAAGAUGCUGACGGGAGACGAGGCGGUCACCUCGGGGGACGCCUACAUCGACGGCUACAGCAUACUGAGGGACAUCAAGAAGGUGCAGCAGCGGAUUGGUUACUGCCCGCAGUUUGACGCGCUGCUGGAUCACAUGACGGGCCGGGAGACGCUGAGCAUGUACGCCCGGCUGAGGGGCAUCCCGGAGAAGUACGUCAGCGGCUGUGUGGAGAACGUGCUGCGCUCCCUGCUGCUGGAGCCCCACGCCGACAAGCUGAUCCGAGGAUACAGUGGGGGUAAUAAGAGGAAGCUGAGUGCGGGCAUCGCCCUGAUCGGCGGGCCCCCUGUCAUCUUCCUGGACGAGCCGUCCACAGGCAUGGACCCCGUCGCCCGCCGGCUGCUGUGGGACGCCGUCACACGCACCCGGGAGUCCGGCAAGGCCAUCAUCAUCACCUCACACAGCAUGGAGGAGUGCGAGGCCUUGUGCACGCGGUUGGCGGUCAUGGUGAACGGGCAGUUUAAGUGCCUGGGCAGCCCCCAGCACCUGAAGAGCACGUUUGGGAGCGGCUACACCCUGCUGGCCAAGGUCCAGUCCGAGCUGGAGGAGGCCGGCCUGCAGCUGUUCAAGGACUUCAUCGAGAGCACCUUCCCCGGAAGUGUGCUGAAGGAUGAACACCAGGGCAUGGUGCACUACCACCUAACGGACAAGUCGCUCACCUGGGCACAGGUGUUUGGGACCAUGGAGGCUGCUAAAGAGAAGUACGGCGUGGAGGAUUACUGCGUGAGCCAGAUCUCGCUGGAGCAGGUGUUCCUGAGCUUCGCCCAGUUCCAGCACUGCGCCGAGGCCAGCAGGAAGUAGAGCGGCUGCCGUGUGUCGCCCCCUGGCUGCAGGCGGCUGCGUGUGCGGACUCUCCUCUGCAGAGCUGCAGGCAGCUGGGCCUCUCACUCAGGUCUCCACACACACACGCGCACACACACACAGACACGCACACACACACAGACACGC